UACUGAACGAAAAAGAAGCCGAUUGGAUCGAGAGGGCUCAUCACAGAUCUAUGGGGACUAUAGAUGUAUUCGCGCGCACUGGGGGAGGUCGGAAAAGGAGGCGGGGUCCUCAACUCUAUCGGCCCGUGAGGGAGGUGCACGGGGAGAUGUCGCUCUGGUUGUAUAGUAGUGGUAGUUUUGAUUGUUGCCGCGAGAGGCACUGCUGCACGACGAGCUACGGUACUACGGCGACGCGGAGCCACACCUAGGAAUUUCUCGGGGUUUUCGCUAAGAGAAUCGCGUCCAAGGCUAUUGCUGGGCAAGCGCAGUUUUAUUUAAUCAAUGGAGGGUUACGAAGACGACGAUGACACCCAUUUUUGCAUCAAGUGCAAUUUGACAGUACACGGUCUCGACAACUAUGUACGGCAUCGUCGAUCGGGUUGUCGACCUCUUGACGAUAAAAAUGAGACCGUUCACGAGUCACCUUCGACGCCGACGACGGUAUCUUAUCCCGAAAUUUUAAACGCGGAUGCUUUCUUCAAUUCGUUGGAGUUACAGAGCAGCUCAAAAUCAAAUCCUCGACGAGCACCGACUUUACUAGAUAAUAAUAGAAAAUUCAAAAAAGAGGACAGAAGAAAGAAGGACCAAAAAAAUCAGGUGGAUGGCGCGAAGGAUAAGCUUCACAGUAUGUCACCUGCUGUCAGCGAUCUGGACGAUCCAACUGAUCACCUAUGCAUGCAAUCCCUCAAACAGACCGAUCGAAAGAGGCAAGAAAAUCCUCAGCGAAUAGUGUCAGAUCAACAGAACUGGUUGGAAGACACUAUUCUUGCCGAUCUCGCUUUGGGAAAUAGUGACAGCAAAGAGUUGACGAGAUAUGAUUUCGAGUACCAACAAGACGACGAGGAAUCCGAAGACGACAUGCUGGACGACGAUUUGGUGGAAGAUGACUCCUAUUCAGAUUCUGACGACGGCGAAAAUCAGGAACGUCCACCGCGAGAUCAUACUGGCGGAAAGUGGAAGCCUGGGCUCAGCGAUUUGCCGCAGGACAUGCCACAUAUGCAUGAGGAGGAUGUGGAUCCCGACGAUGAUCAUCAGGAACAUCCACCACCGACGUAUACUGGUGGCAAAUGGAAACCUACGGAGACAACGCAGAAGAUCGAGGAAUACGAGAGCAAAAACACAUCCGGACAGCCGCCGCCAGGACACACGCGAGGGAAAUGGGUACCGGGUGCACGAACGGAUAUCGAAUCGGGAUAUUGGUGCAUUCCUUGCGGCAGGAAGCUUGCCUCACGAUUGGUCUACAACAGACAUGUGCUCUCUGCUUUGCAUGCCAGAAGGAGCAUUAAAGAGAUCGACGACGGUCUCCAUUUAUCGCGCAGAAUAAAGUUGCGCGCGAGCAAAAGAAUGUCUACUCGUAGGCAGGCUUCGUUUACAACGAGGACGAAAGAAGUGCCCGAUCAAAACAAAGUUAAGAAAGGUCUCCGUCGAAGAGACAAGGACGUUCUCACGUGUGAGAUGUGCCACGCGCGCGUGAAGAGGCUUCAGAUGGGUAAACAUUUGCUUUCCCAUUACCAUUGCCGUGUGGCGGGAGUGAAUCCUUGCAGUCCAAAUGCACGUCGCUUCCUGUUGGAUAACAUAGCGAAUGUGGUACGACAAUGUCCUUUCCAAUGCGCUCCUUGUCGUUUUUACUGUAACACCGAGGAAACGUUCCUACUUCAUUGGCGUUCUGAUCUUCAUAUCAAGACCUUAGAAAGAAGUGGCGGUAGGUGCAGGUGCACUCCAUGCGAUUUUUGGUGCGAAGACAACGAGACGAUGGAAUCUCACCUUCUGAGUAUAAGUCAUCGUGACGUGGUAUCGAUGAUGAACGGCUCGGUGCCGAUAGUAAUUAGUCGUCAACGAGCAUUAUUCUGCGGUAGUUGCAAUCGGCAAUUUCGAUACAAUUUCCAGCUACGAUCGCACGCUAAAGAGACUGGUCACGACGCAAGUUAUACCGCAUCAGAUGAAUAUCAGCAACGUAUCAAAUGCGAUUUGUGUCCCCAAAUUGUCCGGUCUUUGGUUGCGCUUCAACGUCAUCAAUUAAUCUGUCACGUCGCCAAGGAUAAAGAAAAGGACGAAGUCGCAGAGGCCGCGCAACCGGCGCCGUAUUUCUGCUCGUUCUGCUCGAUGAAUUUCAUCACCGCCCAAGAAGCAGUAGUGCAUCGGAGAAGUUCUAGUCACAAAGAGGCUGUAAAAACACGCAAGAUUCAGGAAGGAUUAUUGGAAACCGUGACGCGAGAGUGUCCUCACUGCGGCGAAAAGCAGUCAAGUCUUACAGCGCACAAAAGUCAUCUUCUCCAAAAUCAUCCGGAACUUUGUCACAGAUGUCCUCGAUGCGGCAUGCAGUUUGCCCUGUCGCAAGAUGUCACUAGACAUACACGAGAAGAUAAUUGUACCAAAGAUAAUAAAUCAAAUAUGGCUAAAAGAAUAGAUAUGAAAAAAGAAUGGAAAUGCAAUGAUUGCAUCUUCUCAACGGAUUCUCAAAGUGAAUUCAUUUUUCAUGAAGCCCUCCAUGCUGGUGCAGUUUCAACUGACAAAGAAAUAUCUAGUUCGAGCAAGUUAUUACCGAAAUAUCGAUGCCCGAUUUGUAAGAAGCCCUUUGCGAAAGUUACGCUACGGAAUCACAUCAGACAGCAUACUGGAGAGAAGCCCUUUCCCUGCGUCAAGUGUUCAAUCUCAUUCUCGAGAAGAGCGGAUCUCGUCGCGCAUCAAAGGAUAUGCGCUUCCUCGUCACCCGGAUCCCUGGACAAAACUGGCCGUCGACGAAACUUCAUCUGUUCAGAGUGCAAAGAAGGUUUUUAUACAAAGCAUGCUCUUCGACAGCACAUACUGAGACACGCUGGUAAAAAGUACAAGUGUGGACUUCCGGGAUGUCCCACGAUUCUUCGUACUGCAUCUGAAUUGAAAAGCCAUCGAAGAUUGGUCCAUGACAACAUCGAGAAACAAUAUCCAUGUCCUAAUUGCUCUUAUUCUGCGAAAACAAAGACGCAGUUGCGCAGGCAUAGAACGAGGCACGAUGAUUCUACAAACGCUGAGAAUAUCCAAACUCACUCCUGCACUUACGACAGUUGCAAUUUUAAGACGAAAAUCAGUUCUCACUUGCGGAGACACAUGCGGUUGCAUACAGGAUCCAAACCAUACAAAUGUCGGCAUUGUUCUUAUGCGAGUAACACCUUGGAAAAUCUCCGGAAGCACAUACUAUCAACGAAUUUACAUCCAGGUAAGACAAUUUAUGCAUGUGAUUUUUGCAAGGGGAAGACGUCGAAGCCAUUCUGCACGAAUUUUUCCAAGGAGCUUCGUGCUCACUUGUUGGAAGCUCACGCAAAGGACUUUCCCACACCUAAUGAUGCGAAUACCUACGUCCUCGGGAUUUUUUCCGCCAAUUCCAGCACCAACGCUUCUACAUCCGAUUAAUCAAGGAAGAAUACCAGAAAAGUACCAAUUACUUAAUUUACAUAAUUUGUGAUUAAAUUGGUCUUAUCUCUUUCGAGAAUAAAAGAUAUAAGAAUAUAUUAAAUA